UGCUCCGUAGGUCUCCUUCAUUGUGCCCUGUCCCUCUGCUAAGCUACGCUAGCUGUCAGUCCGCCCAGCAGCAUCACGCCAGGGACACUCAAGGCUCUGCAAAUUCCCCUUACAAACACAUUUGCACGGCACGAUGGCUGUCCCUCCUUCAUACUCAGACCUGGGCAAGGCUGCCAAGGAUAUAUUCAGCAAAGGCUAUGGCUUUGGUGUUGUGAAGCUGGACCUCAAGACCAAAUCACAAAGUGGAGUGAUGGAGUUCAACACAUCUGGCUCCAGUAACACAGACACGGGGAAGGCCUCGGGGAGCCUGGAGACCAAAUACAAGAUGAAGGAGCUGGGUCUGAGCUUCAACCAGAAGUGGAACACAGACAACACACUGGCUACUGAAGUCACCGUGGAGGACCAGCUGACUCAAGGACUGAAGGUGGCCUUGGACACGUCUUUUGUACCAAACACGGGUAAGAAGAGCGGCAAACUGAAGACGGGCUACAAACGCGACUACGUGAACCUGGGCUGCGACGUUGACUUCGAGGGUCCCAUCAUCCACGCCGCCGCUGUGUUGGGCUACGAGGGCUGGCUGGCCGGCUACCAGAUGGCCUUCGACACGGCCAAGUCCAAACUGGCCCAGAACAACUUCGCCCUCGGGUACAGGGCUGGGGACUUCCAGCUACACACCAAUGUUAACGAUGGGACCGAGUUUGGCGGCUCCAUCUACCAGAAGGUGAAUGACGAGCUGGAGACGGCGGUCACUCUGGCCUGGACCGCCGGCAGCAACAACACUCGUUUUGGCAUUGCUGCCAAAUACAAGCUGGAUAAAGACGCCUCUCUGUCUGCCAAAGUGAACAAUGCUAGUCUGAUCGGAGUAGGCUACACCCAGAGCCUUCGACCAGGUGUCAAGGUCACCCUCUCAGCCCUGAUCGACGGGAAGAAUUUCAACGCCGGUGGACACAAAGUCGGCAUGGGCUUCGAGCUUGAGGCAUAAAGGGGACAACUCAGACCCACCAACGAAGAAAAAACAAAAGCCUGAACCACAUCACCCCCCCCUCCCUCUCACACAGUCCUGUAGCUUCUCUCUGGACUCUCCUUCACACUUCCCCCUGUUUUCAUGAGCGUUUCUGACAGUAACAGUCGAGUCUCAGCAUCAUGCUUAAACACCCCCGAGAGGCGUUGUGAGGUUGCGUGUUGAUCCUGACAGUGACGGCGCGUAGUUGUGGAUUAUAUUACCAUUUUUAUUAAAGUGAUUUAUUUAUUUCCCUGUAGGUCUUGGAUGAUGUAGUCGUUGGUUUACAUGUGUAGCUCAUUAAAGGUUCUGUAUUCAGCUCGUUCCUGCCUUCCUAAUAGCAUGUGAGAAUGAAGACGUGGAUGCAGAGCUGAAGGCGUAUUUAAGGCUUGGUUAAAAAAUGGUGCUGUUAUGUCUAUCUUUUUUUUUUUUUUACACUUUUGGCUGUGUUGUUGCAAUCUGUGGACUAUUUAAUCCAUAUAAAUGUUUUGAUACAAUACAUUUCAUGAACAUAUGACUGGAUUAUUGAAGCACUGGUGGUUGAAGUUGACUCCUGCAUGGACUUAAAGAAGGAUAUUUAAAAGUGUGAGCUUGCAUUGCUUUACAGGAACAAUGAAAGUCUGGUCAGAUGCUCCUAAAUUAUGUUUUAGUCCUUUUGUGAGUUCUCAGUUCGGUAGGUGAAAUCAAUGUAGUGGAAUCUUCUGGAUGUAGUUAGUUUGCAUUUCUACAAUAUUGUUUUCAUCUAUCUGUCUCGGCACAGCAGUCACAAAGAAAGUGAGAACAUAUUUGCAUCUGCUUGUUCCGUCCUCGUAGGUAUCUAAGCUGUUCAGUGGCACCAGGCGUCUUAACUUGAUGGCCAGCUGUUUCCUCAUGUUGCUCGGGGGCUGCACUCACUGCUGUCAGUGCUCUCUUCUCGUAAACAACCUACACUCCUCAGAUCUGUACAUAAAAUACAGUUGAUUGUCCUCUAAGUGAUUCCAGUCAAAACACUUAAUAGGAUUAUGUGAAAGGUUGUUGUGUCCCACAUGACUAUCCUAUUUCUUUUGGCAAUCAUCUAAAUGUGUUGUCAUGAUUAAGAGGCUCAUUUUUCUUUGUCACAGUACCUCAUUUUUUUUCCAUGUCAAUUAAGGGAAUUCUAAUAAUUAAAAAAAAAAAAAAAUUAAA